GACCUUUGGAACCAACAUGGCGUCCAAUUCGGUUUUAUUCGUUUGUUUGGGUAAUAUCUGCAGGUCACCUAUUGCUGAAGCUGUCUUUAGGAAGAUGGCAACAGACGCUGGUGUUGUCGAUAAGUGGAGGAUAGACAGUGCUGCCACCUCCACCUAUGAGAUAGGAAACCCUCCAGACUACCGUGGGCAAGCCUGCAUGAAGAGGCAUAACGUGCCCAUGAGGCAUGUGGCCAGGCAGAUAACCAAAGAUGAUUUCACGAGCUUCGAAUAUAUUCUGUGCAUGGAUGAGAGCAAUUUAAGUGAUUUGAAAAGGAAGGCAAACUCCGUGAAAAACAAAAAAGCCAAAAUUGAGCUUCUUGGUUCCUAUGAUCCUCAGAAGCAGCUGAUCAUCAGAGAUCCUUAUUAUGGAAGUGACGAAGACUUCGAAAAGGUGUAUGAACAGUGUGUUCGUUGCUGCAAAGCUUUUCUGGAGAUGAACUCCUAACCAGCUUCAACCAUGAAGCAUCUUUCCUCAAUCUGACGGA